UGGAGUAUUUAUUAUUAUUAUAUUUCAAUUUUGGACAAAUAUGAUUAAUGUUGAUUUACCGUUGAACGUAUCUCGAUACCAUUUUCUCAUUACGAUGGAAUAUUUCAUUGAUCAAGAAAAGUAUUUUUAUUUGAUUAUAUUGCACAUCAACGCAGCUAUUUGCAUUGGAGCGACUGUAUGGGUAGCAAUCGGUUCAAUGAUCAUUGCAUGUUUGCAGCAUACCUGUGGAAUGUUUAGAAUUUCUAGUUAUCGUAUCAAAGAUGCAAUAAAUAUUAACAGUCGACAAAAUAUUACGCUGGAGAAUAAGAUUUUGAUGAUUGAGGGCACAAUUUGUGCCGUCGACAUUUAUCGGCAAGCUAUAAAAUUGAACAAGCACUUAAUGUCAAAAUUGGAGAUAAUGUUUUUUUGUUUAAUAGUGUGUUUUGUGACUUCUUUGACUCUUAACUUGUAUCAAAUAGUAUCAUUCGAAAAUAAUAUCGAGAAACUUAUACUGCCAUUUCUAUAUGUGUCAGUAUCUAUCUUAUAUAUGUUUUUGGCUAAUCUAAUGGGACAGAUUAUAACUGAUCACAAUAAUCACGUAUUCACUACUGCGUAAGAAAUAUUCAUAUAUGA